UAUCUGCCGGGAGCUGCUGAUUUUAUUUUUCCCGCACGUGCAGGGAGAUGGGAGCCUACCUGUCCCAACCGAAUACCGACAAGAGCUCCGGGGAGGGGGGCAGCCAGCGCCUCACUUAUGGUUACUCGGCCAUGCAGGGCUGGAGGGUCUCAAUGGAGGAUGCCCACAACUGUAUCCCAGAGCUGGACUCUCAGACUGCCAUGUUCUCUGUAUAUGACGGGCACGGGGGGGAAGAGGUGGCUCUGUAUUGUGCCAAGUACUUGCCAGAGGUGAUCAAGUCCCAGCGGGAAUACAAGGAUGGCAAACUGCAGAAGGCGCUGGAAGAUGCAUUUCUUGCCAUAGAUCAGAAGUUGACUCGGGAAGAGGUGAUCAAGGAGCUGGCUCAGAUGGCUGGUCGUCCCAUAAAUGAACAUGACAGUGGCAAGGAAAAGGUGGCUGAUGAGGAUGAUGUUGAUAAUGAGGAGGCAGCCUUGUUACACGAGGAGGCCACUAUGACCAUUGAAGAGCUUCUCACUCGCUAUGGACACAACUGUGCCAAAACCCCUCGAGUCAAGGCUGGAGGACACGACAAAAAGGCUCCAGAGGAGGAGAAUAAAGAAGUCAAUGGAGACUUGGAGUCUAUGGGAGGAGACUGCCAGAAGAAGAAUGGCAAGACUGAGGGCAAAGCAACUGCUUCUCUGGGAAUGUCCAGUUCAGAUAAAGCUGGUGGCAGCAGUCCUAAGGCUGGGUCUCUUCGCCCCAAAGCGGUCCCUAUUGAGGAGGCUGUCUCUUCAUCCACAGGGGAGGCUGGACCUUCCUGCUCCUCUUCACCCACAAAACCACAGCCAGCAUCCAAGUCCAAAUUCUUUGAGGACAGCGAAGAGUCUGAUGAGGCAGAGGAAGAAGAGGACAGUGAGGAGUGCAGUGAGGAAGACUACAGUAGUGAAGAAGCCGAGAAUGAGGAAGAGGAUGAGGAAGACAGUGAGGAUGCAGAGGAGGAGGAUGAAGAUAUGAUGCUUCCAGGCAUGGAAGGCAAAGAGGAGCCUGGCUCAGACAGCGGCACCACUGCAGUUGUUGCAUUAAUCCGAGGGCAGCAGCUGAUUGUUGCCAAUGCCGGCGACUCGAGGUGUGUGGUGUCUGAAGGAGGCAAAGCCGUGGAUAUGUCCUAUGAUCACAAACCUGAGGAUGAGCUCGAACUGUCACGGAUCAAGAACGCUGGGGGGAAGGUUACAAUGGACGGCAGAGUCAACGGGGGCCUGAACCUUUCCCGUGCAAUUGGUGACCACUUCUACAAGCGCAACAAAAACCUUCCUCCCGAGGAACAGAUGAUCUCUGCACUGCCAGACAUAAAGGUUCUGACGCUCAGCGAGGAGCAUGAAUUCAUGGUUAUUGCUUGCGACGGCAUCUGGAAUGUCAUGAGCAGCCAAGAGGUGGUGGAUUUUGUCCAUGAGAGAAGAGAAUCCCAGUUGCAAAAGGGGGACACUCUGUCUCUAUCUUCUAUAGUGGAGGAGCUGUUGGACCAAUGUCUGGCUCCGGAUACAUCAGGUGACGGCACAGGAUGUGACAACAUGACCUGCAUCAUCGUUGGUUUCCAGCCCUACAGUCAGUGUGGUGGCCCAGAGGUGGGCAAGCGCAAGGUGGAGAAUACAGAUGAGAGCGCAGAGACCUGCAGUAACAGCAGCAAGAAGCCAAAACGGGACUAGCGGCAGCAGAACUGAGUGGCCCCGGCCCUGAUCUCACUGAACUUGAACCUCCUGGACUCCAGACUUUUACGAGUUCUUUUUUUAAAGCUAAUCUCACAAUGGCCGUGUACAAACACGUUGUUUGAUGGGAGCAGUUGGGGUGCCCUUGCCCAUUGGAGGGGGGAUUGGGGGUUUUCUGAUGUUGGGCACUCAGUGGGUGGGAGGGCAUAUAAGGGUCUGUAUUGUUUUGUAGUCAUUCCAUAAGCGCCUUCCCUGCAGCAACACAACCUGGAUCCCAGGACUUACUGCUCUAAAGCUCAUUUUUAAUCCUUUUUGUUCCUUUCUUUUAUAAUAAAGCAAUCGCUAUGUUUGGUCCCA